UCUUUACGUAACAUAAACCGAUUUUCGGGAUUCGCCGAGCAUCGCCCAGCAUGGCCUUUGUUCGAGAUCAUGGUACCUGUUGCAUCUUCUUGCCCCUGAAGCUGGGGGUAUCUUUGGUUGCCAUGCUGGUCUUCAUGGAUUCCAUCGUUUGUUUGCUGGCCACCUUCACCGGCGACAUCCGGUUUCAGCCCAACGGCUAUAGCGAGAGCUUGUACCACGUGCCAUCCAUUCUGGGUAUUCUGGGUGUAGUCUUGGGCUUCACUGGACUCCUGGGUAUUUACGACGACAAACCGGGUUGGCUGCAGUGGUUGGUCUACUUCUUGUUCCUGAAAAUCAUCGCCUUGGGCACCAGUUCCCUGGCCGACUUCUUCACCCUUCGGAAAUGUGAUAGCUGGUUAACCUCCGCCGAGCGGAGUGUGCAGGAGAAUCUGCAGCUGACGAAAUUAGCCGAGGCUGGUGUCUGCCCCUGGGCACGACUCGCCUACGCACUGGGUGCCGCUGUGGUGCUUCUGUUCUGGACCUACUGUACCUAUUUCACCUGGGUCUACUGGCAGCAGUUAGAAUGCAAUCCUGCAUAUCCAAUCGACUUUGGCGCUGGGGUGGAUCGACGUUGGGUUCAGUUUCACGUGAAGGACCCAAGGCUCUCUGAACAUGAAGAGGGCCAGCCGUUGCUUCCCCAACACCUGAUGCACGAGGAAGAAGCUCAGUAUGGCACGCAGAAGUCGAAGCACAGCGAGCACUAUGGUCCUGAUGGUCAAGAAAUGGCGGAUUUGGAGGGAUGAUCGACAUAACGACAGCAACGAGGAAAAUUUCGGGUGACGACCGACGUGGCGCGG